AUGGUAUCUGUAAGUCUAUGGUUAAGCACAUGUGUCGCUAUUGAACGUAUAUUAAUAGAAUCUUCUAUAUUACAAUUAUUUAGUUCUCGAAAACAUUCAUUGAUUAUUUCCAUAUUUUUAUUUAUUAUUAUCAGUCUAUCACACAUUCAUCGAAUAUUCUAUCGUCAUAUAAUUACAAAUCCACUUGUGAAUAAUUUAGAAUUAUGUGUAUUUACUCCCUCAUCAUCAACUAAAAUAAUUGAUAAUCUCAUUGAAAUGUUACAUUUACUUGGUCCAUGUUUAAUUCACUUUCUCUGUGCUAUUUGGGUAUUAUUUCGAAUUGUAAAACAUAAAAUAUAUCUUAAUUAUCAUAUUCGAACAACACCAACUCAAUGGUUAUCAAUAUGGAAACAACAAAUAUAUAAUCACAAAGAUUUUUUUAUUCCACCACUAUUAAUUAUUAUUUGUAUAAUGCCAUAUGUGAUUAUAUUUCAUCUACUAAUAACAUGUUCGAAUACUUUAUUUCGAAUGCGUUUAAAUAUUAUUCUCAAUUUUCUUGUACAUAUACCAGAAAUAUUUACAUUCUUUAUAUAUAUUUAUCCAUCAAAAAUCUAUUGGGAACAAUUUUUACAAACAAAAUUUGAAGAAUUACUACGAUGUUACUGUUGUUUUACAAAAGUACAAGAUAGAAACGGAAAACUUUAUUUUUAG